AUGGCUUUGAGCACGAAGAGCGAAGGUGCUGUCGAAGCUCUGGUGAGGUAUACUGGCGGGCUCGACUUCGCCGAUUCAGAACAACUUGGGUCGGCUUUCACGAGUGAUGCCAUUCUCGAUCUCACCAAAUUCUCGAAGCUUGGUAUGGAAAUACCGAUCCUUCAAGGCCGGGAAGCAAUUGUUCAAACCUGCAUGCAAACCGUCGGCAUUCCUCUCGAUACGACCCACUCCCUGAGCAAUUUUCAAUUCUUUCCUGGCGCAGAUGAUGAUCAACUGAGGGUCAAAUGUUACGCGGAAGCUCAACACUUCAGAAAGGGCCAAGGUCUGAUGCAGACCGACAAAGACCACUACUGGAGCAAAAGCCUAUAUGUGGCCUUGUUGACCUGCGAAGCUGGAGUUUGGAGCAUCAACCACCUGGUAAUCGAACCAGUCUGGAGUAUUGGGAACGUUGCUGUUCUGUCUGAGUUAGCUUCUGGGUCUUGA